UGUGCUUUUAAGUUGUUUUGUAGCCAGCGGGUGGACCGAAGUUAAACGAAAACAGAAGUUAGUGGAGUGAACUAUUUCGCUUCGGCUCAACUUCCGGUUCUCAGUUGCUUUGGUCGUCAGAAUGGUCGUCCUAAAAGGAAUUCCUUCUGUUUUGUCACCUGAUCUGCUUUAUGUUCUCGCUAAGAUGGGCCAUGGCGAUGAYCUAGUGCUUGCUGAUGUCAACUUCCCUUCAUCUUCCAUUUGUGCUUGUGGCCCCAGAGAGGUUAGAGCUGAUGGUUUGGGAAUUCCUCAACUUUUGGAGGCCAUUUUGAAGUUGUUGCCCCUGGAUAACUACGUCCCCCCAUCCACAGUCAUGGAUCUUGUAGAUAGUGACAAACAGAGAUGUUUAAAUGUUCCUGUGUGGGCGACAUACACCCAGCUCCUGAGCCAGGCAGGAACAAAG